AGUUUGAAACUAAAAGAUUAAAAAUAAAAAAGGUCACCAUUUUAUCUUCUUCGUUGCGGUAGCUCAGUAAAGCGGGAAGCAGGAAGCUCGAAAGUUUCUUCAGCUAAAUAAUCAGUAUCCACCAUUAGCAGCAAUUACAAGCUUCACCGAGCGAAGCGAACAAGAUACACCCUUUUUGCAAACUCGACUAUCCCUCACUUUAGUCCAAUCCAAGCUUUUUCCGCAUUCGGUGAAGAUAUGUUUAACUAGUUGCUGGAGUAGAAAAGCGAAAAUGACAUUUUGUUGUUAUUAUUCUUCUCCUGCAAGUUCACAUCUCUUAGUCACCAACUUUUCUCAGCAAUCUAAGAGUCUAAAGCUUCCUGCUCAGAAAAGAUGGCUUAAUGAAUCUAGUAGAGCUUCCAAAGUUUAUGCUUAUCAUGGCUUAAAGACACCGCCAUAUAAACUUGAUGCUUUAGAACCCUAUAUGAGCCAAAAGACGCUAGAGGUGCACUGGGGUGCACAUCAUCGUAAUUACGUGGAUGGUUUGAACAAACAGCUGGAGAAGAAUGACAUGUUGUAUGGUUGCACCUUGGAUGAACUUGUCAAACUAACGUAUAAUAAUGGAAACCCUUUGCCUGAAUUUAACAAUGCUGCCCAGGUCUGGAAUCAUGACUUUUUUUGGGAAUCCAUGCAACCUGGAGGAGGGGACAUGCCUGUACUGGGCUUGCUUGAGCAAAUAGAAAAGGAUUUUGGUUCCUUCACAAAUUUUAGAGAUAAGUUCACAGAAGCAGCACUUUCACUUUUUGGCUCUGGAUGGGUUUGGCUUGUCUUGAAGAGGAAUGAGAAGCGACUUCAAAUUGCCAAAUCAUCGAAUGCAGUUACCCCACUUGUGUUGGAUGAUAUACCCAUAAUCAGUUUGGAUAUGUGGGAGCAUGCAUACUAUCUGGAUUACAAGAAUGAUCGAGGGAAGUAUGUUGAUGUGUUUAUGAACCACCUCGUCUCAUGGAACAUGGCAAUGGCUCGCAUGGCCCGCGCUAUGGCUUUUGUGAAUUUAGGCCAGCCUCAAGUCCCUAUUGCGUAAAGUGAAACAUUUUCGUAGUAGCUCAUAGCCCUUGCGAAUAAAUGUUGGUGAAAUAUGCAUAGCUUGUCUUCAAUUGCCUUUAGUGUAGCAAAAUGAGAGUUUACAGUGCAAUAUCAAGUUUGUCUGCGCGAACUUAGUGAAAGUAAAAACCUGAAAAAUAAGACACCAUUUUAUUUUGUUAGCAGUAUCUGUAGAUCUAAUAGAAAAUAAAACAACAGUUGUAAAUGCUGUGUUUAUGAAUUUAUUUUUUACUCCUA